CCCCGCGCCAGCCCUGCCCGCUCCGGGCCGCUUUUCCUGGAAAGCGGGGCAGGAGAGGGGGCGGGCAGGGCUGGAUCCCGCCGAAGCCCGGCUCUCCCCGAGCCCCUCUCCUCUGCCUGCCUCCGGCUCGUUCCCGGCCGGGCGGGGAGAGAGGAGAGCGCCCGCCCCCCGCGGGGCCGCCGGGGAACAUCUGGGCGGCCGCCCCGCCAACAUCUGGCGCGGCCGCGGCGCAUCCCGGGCCGCGGCUGGAGCCUCCUGCCCGGCGCUGCCCGGCCCGCAGCCACAGCCCCCAGGAGGGCCAGGAAGGCGGACAGGGGGCUGCGAGGGAGGGAGAGCCGCAGGAAGCAGAGAACAUUUAAGUGAACACAACUGGAAAGACAAAGAGGAGCCAGAGACUACACUCUACAGAACUGGUUUUUGUGGCAAAGCCAUGGAGCAAUCUUCCCAGUGGCAGUGUAACCUCUGCUGGACCAUGGAACUCCAGGAAUAGCUAGACUCCUGCAGAGGUUGUUCAUUGAAGUGACUAGGACUGUUUUAGGCAAUCCUCUCCCACUGGUCUGCCCCGGUGAGGGCCCGUCUUGGGGGCUGUGUCCAGUUCUGGGCUCCUGAGUUCAAGGAAGACAAGGAAUUACUAAAGAGGGUCCAGCAGGGAAGAGCAGGAGACUGGAGCAUCUCUCUUCAGAGGAACAGCUGAGGGAGCUGGGCCUGUUCAGCCUGGAGAAGAGACAGCUGAGAGGGGACCUCAUCACUGCAUACAGGUAUUGCCUAGCAGAAAACCAUGGGCAAUUUCAAAGGGCAUGCCCUCCCUGGAAGCUUUUUCCUUCUUUUUGGCUUGUGGUGGUCAGUGAAGUAUCCACUGAAGUAUGCCUGUCGAAAAAACAAGAACGCUUGCUACCUUGGUUCCAGGGCAGGGUUCCAGCGCCUGGAGUUUGUGGAGGGCAUCAUCAAAGCUGUCUUUGCCCUCAUUGGGAUGGUGGCUGAGCAGUUUGUUCCUGAUGGACCUCACCUGAAGCUGUACAACUACGAGAAGAAGCACUGGGAUCACCUGAUGAACUGGCAGCAUGCCACCAUGUACCUCUUCUACGGCAUCUCAGGGCUGGUGGACAUCGUGGCCCACGGCACCAACGCGCUGCCGGUGGCUGUGGACAGGAUGAUGCUGUCCUUGGCAGUCUUCAUUGAAGGUUUUCUCUUCUGCUACCAUCUUCAUGGGAGAGCCAUGCUGGAUGUUCAUGUUCAUCAGUUACUGCUAUUUGCUAUCUUUGGAGCUGCUGCCUGCAUAUUUUUGGAAGUUUUUUUCCGUGGCAGUAUUGUGCUAGAGAUGCUCCGUACAAGCCUCUGCAUAUUACAAGGCAGCUGGUUCUGGCAGAUUGGCUUUGUGCUUUAUCCUCCAAAUGGGAGCCCAGAGUGGAAUCAGAUGGAUCACACUAAUAUGAUGUUCCUGACCAUGUGCUAUUGCUGGCAUUAUGCUUUUGCUUUUCUUAUACUUGCAGUGAAUUACACAAUUGUCAGCUGGGCAGUCCGUUCGAAGGUUAAGCAGUCCCAGCCCAUGGAAAUGGGUUUACUGAAAACGUCUGAACGAGAUCAUGAGUCAGAAGAAGAAAUUUAGCACAAGCAUGGCUUGACCAGUUUGCCCACUCCAACCAUUAGGCUAACUGAUACCUCAUUUCUACACAUUUUUUUGCCAUCUUAUCCAUUCUUUACUACGACUUGCUUUGCAAAUAUCAAUCCUCUAUGAUGUCUACGUCUACACAGGGGUUUUUUGGUGUUUUUGUUUUGGUUUGGGUUUUUUUUGUUGUUGUUUCAUUUUUGGUUUUGGUAUUUUGUGAAGGGUAAGCUUGAUAUUGAUUCAUGGUGGUUGCACUAGUACCCUGCUUAUCACAUGCUUCACAGAAAAUCAGACUAGUACUAGACAGACUUGGCGAGGAUGAGAUGGCACAAUGAAGUCUGUGUGUUUGCCUUAUUAAAAGCUAAGUAAAAUGUUUUUCAGCUGCUGCUGGACAUAAAGUUUCCAUAAUUAGGAUGUUUAAAUAUUUGUGUUGGUUGCCCUGCAAGUACCUGUGGAUAAAAAACUGCAGACCUGGAGAACAGUAGAACAAGAUAAAGAAACCACAGUCUUGCAGCUGUCUUGUGUGACAACUUUGUGUCCCUGCUUGUGGCUUUAUGUUAAACAGAAAGAACUUCUCACUGUGAACCCCUGGAGUGGUUCACUGAGGAGUGUGGGGUGGUUCACCCCCCCAGAGACAGCACCAAGCCUGGCAGGAGCACCAAAGAUGUGUGUGGGGAACAAACCCAGUGCAGUUGCUCAUGCUGGUGCCUUGACAGUCCUGUCCAUUUUUGCAAGGCAGUGGAAGUGACUCUGCCUUCCCUUGGUGCCUGGAACAAUUUCUUUUCCAGAAAAAGGGGUGUCUGGUCAGGCAGCACCCAACUGCAAACCCAGCUUCUUUCCCAAAUCUCUUUCCUUUCCUUUGGUGGAAUUUGGUGGUUUUCUACAGGAUUCAGAGCAGGCAUGUGACCCCCCACCUGAGUCAGGAGUGGGUAAUUCUGCUCUGUGGGCAGGGUGAGAGGGUUUUGCAUCCCUUUCCUUGUGUCACCCCUGCAGUCACCAGGCAGCACAGAGCUGCACAGAGAGCUGUGGGAGGGGUUGCCUUCUUAGGACCUCCGUACCCAGCAACUAACGCCAGUGAGGAAAUAAAAAAAAUAACACCACUUUAAUUGCACUUAUUUUCUCCAUGCAAACUGAUCUAGUGAAAAGCACAGUAUCCAUGGCCAAUGGCAGCAAACUGCUUGCUUAAAAAAGCUAGCUAAUAAAAUAAUUUGUACCUCAAAGGGAUCCCAAGAUACCAAAAGUCCUUACAGGCUUUUUCUAAAGCUACUUUACCUUCAAUGCAGCAUAAAUAUUUACUUCACUUUUAAGAUGUCUCUUUUAUCUCCCCUUGUUCAGGGAGCACCUUUCUUAGCUGCACAUGCUGUUAAUGCUGUAUUUUAAUCUGUCAGUUUUGUCAGUGCCUUUCCAAAAUCAGUGGUGUUGUUUGUUCUGAAGGAGAACUUCAGAAACUACUUUGCUUCUCACAGGCAGGAACAAUGCCCAUUCCUUCACUGCUGUUCUUGAUAAAUACAUUUAAUGCUGUGCAAAUAUUAAGGUGCUGUAUCUCUAAAGGGACAACCUAAGCAGGAUGAAAAACACAGUAAACUGUCUGAGCUUUUGUAUGUCAUCUUAGAAGACUUCAGUUGUUAAUUUUUAAAAUUAUUUUAGAUGUUUGUAUUGUGAAGUAACACCUGUAACCAGGUGUCAGAUUAUCCAGGUGAAUCUUCUUUGGAAAGCAAGAGCAGUUGGCUCACAUACAUUUCUACAUUUACAAAUAUCAAAGAGGAAAUUGCACAUUGCUAGCCAAGGACCACUGCUUUUCUUAGCAAUUGUUGGCCCUUUUUCAAUGCCUUCCUCUGAAGGCUCUUGGAGAUUUUGGCAAACUUUAGUAAAGGCUGUCUCAGGACAUUCUUGUAAGAUGGGUAUUGGUAUGGUGUAUUUGUAGUUCUGUCUCAGCUUUACAGUGGUCUUACUACAAACUCUGAAAUAAUUGUAUUUACUCCACUCUGCAAAUCUGAGACUUGAAUUUGAUUACUGUGGUUCCAUUAAAAUCAGAUUUUCUGUAGAAGGAAGAUCCAUGGCUUCCCUGAGGAGCUUGUCUGUUAAUUGCAGCAGGGAUACAUUUGCCAAAUGUAUCCCUGUUCUGAUCUUACCUUCAUUGCACCUCAUCACUGUUGUCUCUAAAUUGUGGGGAUUUUUAAAGGGCAGAUUCUUUUUCCUGUUAGAAUGGUUGAGCUGCAAAUCUUCUGUAGUGCUAGGCAGAGAAGAUGUUUGUGCAUCGCAGAAGAUUUGGGGAUUAUUACAAAAGUCUGUUUUAGUAAGCCAAAAUCAGCUGAUGAAGUGGCCCUUAUGGGUGAGCUGUGCACAUGAAAGGUGCUAAACAAAAUUUCCUCUUAAAAAAAAUUCUCUGCUUUUACAGAAGAAGCAAAAAGUGACAGUACUGGAACUCUUUGGCCAGGGAGGGGCUGCCUGACGCGGUUCCUCCUGUGGGGAGCCUGGGGACUCUGGCUCUGUCCUUACCCAUACCCAGCAGUGGCUGCAGAGCUGGGUCUUCUCUUUGGAGAGAAACUGGGCAGGAUUUGGCCUGCUGAGAGGUGCCUGCACCUCCCUCUGGGUCCCUGCUGGGAAUCUCCUGUAAAUAAUCACAGAACUAGACAAAUAAUCCCAACACAAGUCUGCUGGCCUUGGUGUAACCAUGCUGAGCAAAGACACCUCUAAAGAAGCCCAAACUGGAGGCUGAUGCAGUCUGUGACACAGAACUGUAGGGCAGGCUUCGUGCAAAAAGCUCUCUCCUCACAUUAAAAAAGGUGGCAUUGCAUUCUCAAGCUUGGAGAAAUGCAAGGAAAGACAGAUCCUGAAGUCUCAAAGAAACAGUGGUCUUUUGAAUUUGUUUUUUAAUACUUACAGUACAUACAAAGUGAGUAUCAUAGUGGAGGGUUGUGCCUGACAAAUUUAUGGUGCCACAAAGGAAAGAUACACCCUAUUUCAGAGUAGGGUUUUGCUACAUGGAAUUGUUGACCCAUUCUCCUAUGUUCAAAAGAGAUGCCCAGGAACAGUAGGGCACCUAUGACAAUGAAAAAGAUACAACCUUCUUCAUUUCACAAGCAGCAGGUAUUGCCUGAGUUGAAUGAGGGGAGGGAAGUCCAACAAGUUUACAAACAACACUCAGAAAAAGGAAGCUGCUCUCAAGAAAAUUUAAAUUAUUUUUAAAUAUUGGUGCCUUUGAAAAACUAUAUGGUAGUUUUUACUAGACAUAAUACACCUGUAAUUUUAUUUAAAUAAAAUUGAUUUGUUCAUGUAAGAUGUCUGUUAUGUUUUCAGGGGAAAAAAUAUAACCAUUUAUGGGACAGGAUGGGAUGGGAUAAACACAUUACUCUCAUAACGCAUCCAGACAUUUGAACAAGUUGCACUUUAAUUCAAGAAAGGUCAGUACCACCUUGUCAUCAGAAAGUGUGAUUUUUUUCUAUAUUCUGUAAACAAAUACAUUUUCCCCUUGUAACUAACAUGAACGAAGAGCAAAUAUCACAGCAAGGAAUUUGAAUCCUCCAGGUUCCCUCAUCCUUAAAACUUAGGCACUAAAAAACUUCAGUGGAUCAGGUACUUUAAUGCCCUUCCCCAAAAAGUUUCAGUUCCUCCAAAAUGCAGCAGUUGGGGUGGGAGUUGUGCAGAAGUUGGUGGAAGAAAACAGAAUAGUUUUUUAUCCAAAAAGGCCUUCAGCAUGUGCAGUAGUGGAAGGGAGCCCGAUUCCCAAGGACUAAGCAACAAAGAGCACAUCUGUUAAAAGGGAGAAAGACAACUGGAAAACUGCCGGAAAAUCUGUCCUUAAAAUCUAUCCUAGGUACAAAAUGUGCUUGCUCAAAAUAUGUGGGAGUAAAAAGCCUAAUAUUUGUCAAAUAAGGAAUAACCUGUCCUUUUUUGAAUACUAAUUUUUAUCUCUUUGCUAGGUAAUAGUUGCAGUUCAUGGAAUUCUAUAUUUGAUACACUUCUUAGAAUGAAAAUAUGUUUAGAAAAGGAGAUUAAAACCAUAGUUAUAAAUACUACAGCAAUACUACUUAGCAAUUUAUUUAGAAAGGAAGCUCUCAUCUAAAGACUUCUGCCAUUUACUGAUAUAACACUCAGCCAGGAUGGCACCUAAGAGGUCAAUGUAAGGGCACAAUAAAGGCAUGAAACUGGAGCAGAAAUGGUUUUGCCUGCAUGCUGUGGUUACCAGCCACUGCCUCCCUGAGGAGGAGAAGGAAGAAAUGGAAAGCAGGCUGCAGAUCCAUACAGCUGAAUAGCAAUUAAGCAGCAAGAAAUCACUCCCAGCACUGUGAAGAGCAUGGGAGGGGCAGCUGUGCUCAUGGUAUACAACAUUCCUGCCUCCUGCCUCCAGUGUUACUUACCAGGGGCAAGGCUCUCAGACUCAUGGUGGGAUUUUUAUGACUCCUGUGCCACAGGAAACAGCAAUGCCAAUCUCCUGCUUCCAGUGAGAAUGACAGAGUGAAAGCUUGCAAUGCUUUGCUGGAAUUUUACUGUUUUGUGACUCUGAUUCAGAUGCAGUUGACACAAAAAAAAAAAAGUCAAAGAUGGUGUUUACUGCUGGCACCACAGUUUGUGCACACUUGAAAACAAAAAAGAAAGGAAAUAAGAAACAUCUGGCUCUAAUUAAGGCUUAAAAGAAAUGGAGGAAAGCAGAAGAAAUAUAUCCAGUCACUCAAGAGCGAUUUUAUCUCCCUGCAUCUGCAUAACAGAUAGAAAUUUGCAAGUGUUAAGAGUCCCUUUCAGUUGGAUUAUUCUAUCAUAUAAACAUGGUUUAAUAUUUUC